UGCAGCACACUAAAUUAGCAAAACUACGUUCAGACAAUGCCCUCAACACUCGGCGUUGCCUAAUUUAUAACUGCGUGUUUGGCUUCAAAGCCUUCAGCUGUUAUGUCUCCUCAUCCCGAGCCUUCAUCAUCCCGAUGUUUAGUAACGACUGCUGUAGUAACACAAUGCUGGCUUUGGGAGGGCUUAGUUUAGAAACGGGGGUCUUUCCGAGUACACGGCUAACUCUUAGAAUAGCAUUUGGGCACCAGUGGUGUUGUUUACAGCCUCAGUAAACAUACACACGUGGUGGAGCAUGGAGCUUUCAGACACGCUAUGCAGACAGUGAAGAAACUUGUGUUGUGGAAAAACAGAGGGGGCGAGGGCGUACCAUGAGGAGGUGUUAGCGGGACUAGCUCCAGUUCUGACAGAGAAGAGAGAUUUCUAUUUUUAGGGAGACUGGAAUGUACACCGAGGCCUCUCGAAGGAUUUGUGAACAACAAAUAACAUACCGCGGUCGCCCCAGUCUCUAUAAACAUCCACCUGCCAAACUCAGAAAGUGAACACCUUUCAGAAGUGAACUGAUUUUGAAAACAGAGGGACGAGUUUGAGUUCUGUUUGAGGUUUGAUGAUACAUAGAUAUUUACAGGACCAUCUAGAAUGUGCUUCAAAUCAGCUGAGACAAGCUUAGAUGAGCCAAUAUCAGAAGUCUUGCAUUUUAAAGACAAAAUCCUGACUUCCACUCUCCUACUGGAGCUGAAUACCUUAAGGAAAGACCGAAUUCUCACGGAUGUUUUGCUUUGCUCUGAGGGAAAAGAGAUCCCAUGUCACCGCAAUGUUCUGGUGUCCAGCAGCCCUUACUUCUACGCUAUGUUUUGCAGCAGCUUCCUGGAGACCCAGAAGCCCCAGAUAAACCUCCAAGGUGUUCCUUAUGACAUCCUUACAAGUAUGGUGGAGUAUGUUUACACUGGGUCCAUCAGCAUCACCAUGGAGCUGGUUCUCCCUCUGAUGCAAGCCGCCUCAAUGCUUCAGUACGGAAGACUUUUUGAGGCCUGCUCCACCUUCCUGCAGGCCCAGCUCAGUCCAGACAACUGCCUGAGCAUGAUCCGGCUCUCAGAAAUCCUGCACUGCUCAAGCUUGAGUGAGAAAGCAAGAGAGCUGGCCAUGAAGAGCUUCUCAGAUGUGGUUGUCUCCGAGGACUUCUGUGAACUCUCGCUAACCGAAUUGGUGAGCUACUUGGAAGACGACAGACUUUGCGUUGAAGAGGAGCAAGUAUUUGAGACUCUUCUAGCUUGGAUCCAUCACGACCCGUUCUCCAGACGUGGCACCAUCCAUGACUUGUUCCGUCGUGUGAGACUGAGACAUGUCCACCCUUCAUAUCUUUUCCAGUUUAUCGCUAACGACCCUCUAGUCCAAUCAUCAUCUUUAUGCACAGAAAUUAUCGAAUCUGUUCGUCGUCUUCUCUUUUCUGUUGGCACUUAUUGCCCUGGCGAUCUUGAGCCCAUGUGGGCCGCGCCGCGGCGUCAAAACUGCAAGGAGGCUCUUGUAGUAAUAGGAGGACGUAAGAAUGGCGAGCGGACGUCUCGUGAGGCGCUACUCUACGAUGAGCAAACUCACUGCUGGCAGUGGCUCGCAAAAGUCCCUUUGCGGCUCUACCGACCUGCUUAUGUCUGCAUGCACAGCAUCCUUUACGUUCUGGGUGGCUUAACCAUGAGAGCAGGAGGCCAGUGUACACCUAGCAACACCGUUUACACGCUUUCUCUCAAAACAAACCAAUGGAGAAUGGGAGAACCCAUGCUGACGCCUCGAUACUCCCAUCAGAGCUCCACCUACCUACAUUUCAUUUUCAUACUGGGUGGAUUGACGGCUGAUGGACAGCUGUCCAAUGAGGUAGAGCGAUACGACACCAUGUUCAACCAAUGGGAGGCCAUGGCCCCUGUGCCCACCGCAGUUCUGCACCCAGCUGUAGCUGCGCAUAACCAGAGAAUAUAUGUGUUCGGAGGAGAAGACGCCUCGCAGAAACCAGUUCGAAUGAUUCAGGUGUACCACAUAGGAAGGAAUCUGUGGUGUAGGUUGGAAACAAGGAUGGUGAAGAACGUCUGUGCACCAGCUGCAGUGAUUGAUGAUAAAAUCUACAUUGUAGGCGGCUAUACUAGAAGAAUGGUAGCCUAUAAUGUUAAAACCAACAGGUUUGAAAAAUGUGAAAAUAUGAAGGCCAGAAAGAUGCAUCACUCUGCUACUGUGGUCAAUGACAAGAUCUAUGUCACGGGGGGCCGUUUCAUUAACAGCCACGAGAGUGUGGAAGAUUCAGACAGCUUUGACUGCUACGACCCAACGACAGACUCAUGGGUGUCAAUGGGAACACUUCCAUUCAAGCUAUUUGACCAUGGCUCAGUACCUCUGGUCUAUCUCUCUGAUAAGUUUCUGCCUACAUGAAUGUAUUUAUGUGACAAUGUAGCUUAGUCACUUCAUUCAGGUUUAUAAAUGUCUGUCUCUUGCUAACCUGUAUUUGACGGAUCAUACUGAGAAAAAUAUAGAGUAAAAAUACAAAGCAUAUUAUAAUAGCAAAGUAAUGAGACGCACAUAUUUUUCAAAGGUCUCUAAACGGGUUUGCACAUGUUGCUUUUUGAGUGAAGUAUUAGUAAAAUAACUAGUAAUAGUUAUUAAAAUAGCUGAAAUUAAGCUCAAAUCAUAUAGCAGAUACAAGUAUGGUACUUUUUAACUUGAUUUUCAAGGAUCUUUUAGAUCAUCUGAUCUAUUAAAUAAUAUUAGUGUUUACUACAAAAUACAAGAUACCUUUGAAUCUCUGUUCAAUAUUACUUUGCACUUGACACUGUAUAGUUGCACAUUGUAAGUUUACAUGAGUACUUUUAUGUAAAUACAUUCCUUUAUUUUGUAAACUGAUUUUUUUAUUAAUGUUUUUUUUCCCUCCAAGUAUAUAGUGGUUACAUCCUGUUGAAAAUGAGUUUAAUUGAACAAUUAUGUUUAUCAUUAAAUGCUUCAUAAAAAUUAAUAAUGCUUUUGUGUGUUAUUUGUAAGUUGCCUUAUGGGCAUUUAAAUUGUAUAGUUCAUCCAAAAAAUAAACUAAAAAACACACUGUAAUCAUUUGCUCAGUCUCAUGUAGAUCCAAACCUGCUGACUUACUUUCUUGUGGAACACAAAAGAAAAUACUAUAAAAGAAAAAUUGGAUCGCACUAAAUUAUAUUUAAUUUUAUAUUUCAAAUUGUGCUGUCAAACAAUGAAUCACAUCCAAAAUAAAAGUUUUUGUUUACAUA